AACGAUUUACACAGAAUUGUGAGUUGUGUUGUGCGAGUUGAACGAACAUUGUUGGUGCAUUUUAUUUUAUGGAUAUUGUUAUAAAAUCAUUGAUCAAAUAUGUAAAAAUGUUAUAACAUUUUCGAGUAAAAGCUGUUCGUAAACAAUAGAAAUAAUGAACGGCCACGCAAUUAGCUGAAAAAUUUCAAAGCAAUAACAACGAAAAGGUGACGCGACGACGACGACGCUCGUUUUCAACCGUUCUGUUCUCAUCUUGGCAUUGCCAGAAGCAACUUAUCAAUUCGCCACAAGCAAAUACAGUUAAAGAAUUGAAAAUCAGUCGUGAAAUACAUACGCGAAUCGUGCAGUGUUUGCGACAAAAUUGAAUGAGAAAAAAGGUACAGUGAAAAUUUUCUUGCUUGUCAAUUCGAUUGUCGGCAGGCUGCAAACAGCAGCACAAAGCGGGUACAAGAAGAAGCACAGGCAGAAAGUGAACAGCAAAGAAACGGAGCAACAACAAACGAAAGAAGGAGAAACGAAAUACAAAGUUGCCGUUGUAUUUGUAUUAGUUGUGUGUGAGCUUGUACGUACGAGUGUAUGUGUAGUUUACGAAUACAGUCACAAUUUUUAUAAUAACAAUCAGUAAAUGCUUGUACUGGAAAAAUGUCACAUUUGCCAUUGGAUGCGCGGGCCAUACUCCAGCACCUAAAUGAAUUGGGCUAUAGAAAUAUAUCCGCCGAACAACUACGUGAAUUUCUAAAAGUUUAUUUGCGCCUAAAGGUAUGCAACCGCAGUCGGAUAAGCAAAGUGCUAUUAAAAGCAAACUUUCAACAACAACAACAACAAGAGCAACAAAUCCUCAACAGCAGCAGCAGCCACAACCAGAGCCAUACCAACAGCCACAGUCUCGGUCUCAUCAGCGAUCUAAAGUAAAGGUCAUCAAGAGCAAACGUCCACUUUGCCAUUUCAAGUUCUAUUUGGACAUUUGCGAUCAUCAGCUGACCAAGCGCAUUGAGUCGGAAAUCAAAGCGCUUGGAGGCACACUUGAGUUCUUUCUCAACGACAGUAUUACACAUUUCAUAACCGAUAAGGACAAGAGUUGUCCAAAUCCCAUUCCUGUUGCCGUUCCUGCCGCAACUAAUCAGAAUCAGAAUAGUCGCAGUCGUCCUGGAACGCCUUUAACGCCUGCAACCCCGAAUACCAGCGCAUCUGGAAUCAACGAGGAUGUCACUGGCGGAAUUCAGCGCAAAAGUCGGCAGACACGAGCCGACACGAUUCUAAGUCGUGUGCGGGAAGCACAACAGAGUCCAUCCAUCCCAAUCGAUUCGAAUCCUAGUCAAAAGCAUCAUCAGCGACACAACAGCAACAGUAACAACAAACAAAACUUGAAUGUAACGUACAUUGUCUGGCAGACUGAGUACGCAUUACGUUUCUUUCAGCGCAUACAGACGGAACUACGUCAAUAUCUACAGGGUGGAGGAGGAGGAGGAGCUGAGGGAUCUUUAACUGGAAGCGGAACAAGUGACAGAUCAGCCAAUAUCCAAUUGAAGGGCAAUUUCAUCAAGAUCGAGUCAAUCAAGCGAAACCAUCGACCCUAUUAUCAUUUGAUUAAACAACCCGAGGAGUGGCCAAAAUUAGAUUUGAGCAGUGACGACGGCGCCUUUCGUUUGCAGGCCAAGAAGACGACGACGACGACGGAUGUGUUGCAGAGUAUGACACGCAAGUCGCUUGGCUCACGAACAUCGCAGCGUCAGCUGGAUAAGGAUCAAGAUACGAGUAAGGAACAGGCACAGCGAACAGCACAAUUGGUGCCACUGCAGCACGCCGCGUUGCAAGCGUGUAAAAAGCAAGCAGCUUCCAUACAAACGCCGGAUAGUCCAAGAUCACAUUGCCGAGAUCACAUUAAGGAGUCGAGUGACAAGCAGUGUGGUGUUUGUGAGAUUUGCAAGAUUGAAUACGACACAUUAACCAUACAUUUGCAGAGCAAGGAUCACGAGCUGUUUGCCAAGAACGCAAACAAUUUUUUGGGCUUGGAUACACUCAUCCAAGUUUCGGCCAGUUUAAGCGGGUUUCUUCAACGGGAAGAGCAGCUGCAAAAGCUGCAAACGGAGAAAACAGAAACGGAAACGGAGCAAAAAGACAUUGAGAUCUACAGCGAUAUGGAAGUGGAUGAGCUGUUGAGCGAUAGCGCUAUUGCUCUCACCUUGAAAUCGGUUAAUCAAACGGAUAACAACAACAGCAGUGGCAAUAACAAUAGCAACAACAAUAACAACAACAAUAACAGGCAGCGACCAUCGCCGGUUUUGCGUGAAAAAUCCAAGCGGAUCACCAAGGGAAAGCACUCAUCAGAAAAGUUCCAGGCAACGCCAAAUUCACCAACGAAUCCACACGCACAGACACCAACACAAACGCCAUCGCCAACGAAGAAAGUGACGAGUCUUGCGGAAUUGCAGCGCAUGGAGCUAUCGGCCAGUAAUAAUGCCACAACAACCGCUGCCACGCCCACAAAUCCGACGCGACGCAAGACAAAUAAUUCGGUGUUGUCGCCACCGAUUCGCGCCAUGCUGCCGCCCUCAUCUCUGUACAAGGUGGUAGAAGCUAGCGAUGCAACAGCGACACCGCCUCGCAUGAGACGAGGUGCCACAAAUGCCACAAUUGAUUCACCCUCCUUAAUUGUCAAGUUCCAGAAGGUGCGACAAUCGGAGCUGCAGCGACUCAACGGUGAGGCAGAGAAUUUCAUGUUUCCCAGAACAACAACGACGACGACAACAACCACACGCAGCAGCAGUGAGUUGCUUACGGAUGUGGAUCGCCAGACAACAUCUGAUGCACGUGGUCAUCAUAGUAUAUCCUCGGCCAGCAUAGACAGUACCAGCGAACUGGAGGCAGUUGCUUGCUCCACAGCGACAACAGCAGUAAUGCCCGGACGUGCCGCGGCUGUGGGAAGGCGUCGCAAGGGAGCGGGAGUGGGAACAGGAACUGGAACGGGAGUGGCACCGUUGCAACUGCUACGUCAAUUGUCAACUGGCAGCAGUAGCAGCAAUGGCAGCGGCGGUGGCGGGGGUCAGCAGCGCUUUCCAAACGCCCCCAUCCAGCCGGAGAUGCAAUCGCAACUGUUAAAGUCACGCCAAACGAUGGCAACGACGACGACAACGGCGACAGCGACAGCCACCCGGAAGAGCAGCCGGAUGGCGACAGCCAUUGUGACGGCGGCAACGACCAGCAGUCAGCUGCAGUUGCGCCGACAGACGCAGUCCAAACUGGAGGAUGGGAUGGGGGAGCAAGCAAACACAAAUAGAAAGAAGAUGACAAAGCAGCUACAACAACAACAACAACAACAGGAACAGCAAAUACAAGAGGAUGAGCACGAAGACGAGAACGAGGAGGAUGAUGAUGAGGACGAUGACGUUUCCAGUUGUUCCUCUGGCAGCGAUGAAGACUAUGUGGCCAGCACAAAGUUGAGCAAAUCCCUGCCAGCAACAACAACAGCAACAAGUCGUGUCGAUACACGCGAAGAGCGUGCUGCCAGAAGGCUAUCACGUAUAUCCAUCAAUCUGAAACGAAAUGCUGGCCAAGCAAACACUCUCAAAAAGUCACCAGCAAGGCGUUCCAUCAAAUACCAAAAACUGACAACACCCAAAGCCAAACAGGAGAAACAACAGACGCAACUGACGGCGACAACAACAACGCCAACAACAACAACAAAGGGAACAAAGGCGACGAUGACGAAGAUGACAACGACGACGCUGGGAACCGAUCUCAUGUUUGACUGCAGCAAAAGUCUGAGAUUGCAAAAGUUACGCUACGCAUUUGAGGAGCUGCCCAAUGCGGAUCUGUGGCAUCAUGUGUUCCAGCGCCAGGAUGCUGGAGAGGAGCACUAUUAUAGUUACUAUGGCUCAACGCGUUAUCGUAAGCUUCCCUACGAGAUGGGACCCAUUCCCAUGGAGCGCACUAAGUCACACAAUUGCAAGUUGUGUCCGCAGCAGCAGCAGCAACAACAAAAGGAGCAGGAGCAACACUCGAGCGAAUUAAAGUCACAAAUUAAACUGGAACAGUCGGAUAGCAAUCAGACAACAACAACAACAAACACCACUUGCUCCAUGUACAAGCACAAAAAGUUGCAUCUCCUGCAGCGCUAUCAACAGGAGCAGCAGCAGCAACAAAAACGACAGCAACAACAACAACUAAACAUUCGCUUGCCAAUAGUCAAAUGUGAUAGCAAGGCCAGCACACCAGAGCUAAUGGAACGUGACUUUGUGCCGCUAAGCGAACGCGCUCAAUUGCUGGAGGUGGAACGGGCGUGCAGCUCCAGCUCCAGCUGCAGUAAUAGUAAUAGUAAUAGUAAUAGCCAAAAGAGCAGUGUCAACUCGCGUAAUAAACACUUGGCCAGAGUUGUGGAUUUACCGCCACGUAAAUCGCCCAGAGAGCAUGCAUCCACAUUGGCAUUGGUUAGUUGUAUUAUACGCCAGCGACAGGAUUCACAAAGCAAGACCAAUUCGGAGGCAGAGGAACCAACACUUAAACAGCCAUUGAAACAGGAGAAGGAACAGCAGGAGGUGGCAACGACACCAACGACAGCAGCUGCAUCCGUAUCCGUAUCAACAACCACAACCACAUGUGCUCCUCCAAACAAGAUACGUUCGCAAGCGGCGACACCAGUGGAGGAGCUGCGUUUCGCCACCGAGAUAAGUGAGACUGUGAAGCGUAUGCGACGUGGCCAAAAUAAAUAUGAUGCCGUAACCACAACAGUUCCUGCCACGGAGUGCACAUCCACGCCAGCUAGAUGCCGUCGUCCGACUGCCGCUGCAGCUGCCGCCGCCGCAGCAGCAGCUGUCACUGCAGCCGUUAGUUACUCCCGACGUCUGGAGUUGGCCAGAAGAGAGGUGAACAGCAGCAGCGUGAUGCUGGGCAAGCGCAAGCGACGUCAAAUGACAAUAAAAUCGGGCACAGUGCAGUCGGCAUCGGGCAUGUCCUUGGCGGCAGGAGUACGCAAGCUGCCCAGCAAAAAGGGGAUACUCGAGUAUGAGAUGGAGGACAGUGCACUGAAAGCCUUGGAUGCGAGCAUGCAAUAUGUGAACCCCAUGUUAAUUGCCUGGCAAAUUGAUAAAUAUCUUGAGCUGACUAACCGCGAUCUGAAUGAACUGAGUCUCAAUGUGGAGGAAGAGGAACGGGAUCAGGAUCAGGAACAACAUCGGGUGCAACAACAGGUACAGACUCCACCGCCAACGGAUUAUUGUUUUACCAGCGAAUUUGAUCUGUGCGAUCUGUUGGCCGCCAGUGCUGGCAGUGGCGAUGAUGAUGAUGAGUUCCGCUCUUCCCGCUCCGGCUGUCGUCGAAAUAGUCGAAUGAAUCUGUUUAGCAGCUAUCAGCGAAAGCGCAAGUGCCUCAAAUCGAAUCGCACUGGUUGGCCCCGGGUUCAGAGACGUCGUGCCGCAAGAACGCAGAACGAUGAGCCCAUUAAUUUCCGAGAAUUGGGUGUUUUCGACAAUCUGGAGACAGGAAAACAUCAAGGCUUAAAGCAAGAGCCGCUGGAAACAGAGGAAGAGCAAACAACGACGACAACAACAACAACAACUGUCGAUAAGGAGAUCAACAGAGAACAAGAUGACGAUGAUAAUGAUGAAGGAGAUGGAGGCAAGGCAGCUAAUAAAGAUGAGGGAACAACACGCCAGGAUGCAGUAAUGACACCACCAGCCACCGAUGUGGAAGAACAAGUCGGCUGCCAUGAAAAUGAUGAUGAGUCCGUUGAUGAGGCUGCAGUCAUUGAAAGUCAAGGCGGCGACGACAACGACGAUGAUGAUGAUGAUGAUGAUGAAACAAUGGCCGAUUCUGUUGAUCAACAGCAUAAUGAUGAGGCGGAAAUUGAAGCAACUGAUGCGGAUGUUGAGGAAGAUGAGGAUGCUGAAGACGACGACGACGAAGAUGAUAAUGAUGAUGACGAUGAUGAUGAUGUGUAUGAGGAUGCCUACGGUGAGGGACAGGCAACAGCAAAUAAUCAGUUGACCUCCCAGUUGACUACUGAUGAGCCGCCUAUUAAAAGGGAGCGCAUUAAAUACGAGACAAUUGCCAAAGGUCCAGUUGACAAUGCUCGUAGUCCAGCAAAGGAGCCUUUAAUCGCAUCCAAUGGAUACUGCCUGAAUGUGACAUCGACACCAAACACACGACAACCGCGACAACAACAACAUCGUCGGACGCCACAAUUAAACGGCAGCUUGGGCAGCUGCAUUUCGCCGAGCGAGAAACUAGGUGACAAUUCUGACAUCUUUACCGUUUCCUCUGAUGGCUUGGAGACUGACCUGGAUUUGAGCAACACUCAAGCCGGCGACUCCAUGGAUCAUUGUCAGCAUCAGCAUUUACGUCAUCAGACAACGCCGCCCAAGCGCAAGUUUGACAUCAGCAAAUAUGCGCCACCCAACAGUGGUGGUAAGGCAGCCAGUAGUUGUGCCGCCGAAGCGGCAACAGCAGCUGUUAAAUCGCUGGCCAUAUCGCAGUUCCUGAAAAAGGAGGUGCGUGUCCAAUGCCGGCGACUGCGAGCGCCAUUUCGUCGAUUUCGAUAUCGUCGCUGAUCAUUAACAUCAUCAUCAUAUCUUCACUAUCAACUUACGAGUAUCAGCCAUUAUCAUUAAUAAGCCAAUGUGUUUAGUUUUAAUGUAAAAUUGUAAAGUCAAUAUGCAAAAUGUUUAUUAAAUUAUCAAUCACACACACACACCCACACCCACACAAGUACAUUAAAAAUCCCUAGCAUAUGAAAUUGUAUUUUGUUUUUCAUCCUUUUUUUUUUCUCAUCGCGUCAUUCUGCUGUAAAUUAUACAUUCUCAAUUUUAACACACACACACACAUACUUAGCAUAAUUUGAAAUACAACAACAGCAAAAUACGUAAAAUAAGCUUAGAAUAAUUAUAGUUUAGAACAAAUUCCAUACCCUUUAAUAUGCUAUAGCCGAGAGUAUCUCCAAUCAUAAAAAAAAGAAAAAAAACAAUAUCAUU